AUGGAAUCAGAAAGAUCCAAUAACACCCCUCCGCGUGUUCCAUUUACCAUUGAAGAAGAAAUAUUUGGGCCCCAAUAUGAGGGUAUACUCGACGGAAAUCUCCCUUAUCGCAAUAUUCAACUCACCGCACCUACCAAUUCUCAAAGGGAAUCCGCUCAAGAGGAAUCCGAUCAAGGGGAAUCCGAAACAUGUUCUUUGUGUAAUGAACCCGAUCCAUUAUUCGAACCUAAUGGAACCAGUCGUGAGAUUGUCCUAUACGACAUGUCAACGUUGUCACUUAUUUAUCUUGGCGAUGAUGAUGAUGCAAGGUUAAAUCCUCAAGAAGAAGAUGGGGUUAAAAAAUUUUUUAAAGAGUUAUCCAACAGACCACAAGACUUUAAUCCGUUGCCGGUGGCAAAUGUGGAAACGGGGACCCUACAACUCCAGAUAUGGUUAUCUCGCGCAGAAUAUGGCAUCCUUGACUCACACUAUUCUCUCGGGGAAGCAUUGGAGAAGAAAUUGGCUGAAUUUGCAUCUAUUCAUCCUCUUCAAACCGCGCGAAUCUUGCUUAAUGUAGAAAUUAAGCGACAAUUUCCCUCUGACAUGUCUUGUAAUAUCUUUAACAAGAAAAAACGCUCAGCUAAAAAUAUUUACAACAUAUUCAAAACAGAAGGUUUAGGAAGAGACGAGAUCAAGCGAAUUAGGAGAAUUUCACCAUCGUCUUUUGGAAAAUUUACUGAUAAAGAAAUAAAGAUCAUUCAAGAAAGGAUUAGAACGAAUUCUUCUCGACCAAAUUGGCUUGAAGAUCAAUUCGAUGGUUUAGAUCUAAAUGAGGAUGGGUACCAAUGCUGA